AUGGCAGCCAUCCCUUCCAGUGGUUCUCUCACAGCCAUCCAUGACUACUACGGGUGCCACCUGGGCUCAGCGUCCAGCAACAGCUCCUGCGGAAGUGUCGAGAACCCCGGGGAAGCCAUCCCCUACCACCCAGGUCUCCCCAAGGCCGACCCAGGUCACUGGUGGUCCAGCUGCUUUUUCGGGAAGUCCACUGUCCCAUUCAUGGCCACAGUGCUGGAGUCCCCAGAGCACUCGGAAUUCCCCCAGGCUCCCAGAGGCAUGGUCACCAGUGGUUUGGCUUCGGAAACCACAAGGAAGCAGCCACUCAGCCAGCCCAGCUAG